AUGGGGCCACAACUCAUGGACCUGUCAGUAGGAUGCUCGUGUGGGUUCUGCGGUAAGAAACGCGACUCCAGAAUCUGCAGAGCCAAGAUUGGAAAGGGGAAAGGAUUAAGCCUUGCUGUUAGUGCAGAGGCUUACACAAUUCUGGAGCGACUCCGCGUGCGACAAACCAUGCCCCUUUGUGUUCCGGCCGCGGUCUGUGGCAGCGACGGAAUCACCUACAAUAACGAGUGCCUUCUGGAGAUCGCCAUGUGCAGAGAUGCAACACUGUUCAAGGAGUACGACGGGGAAUGUGAUGUACUGUUACUCAGUAUAUUGUCACAUGGGGUGAAGAUGAAGCCCCUAGUUAUGGACAAUAAUGAUACACCCCCAAUUACCAACAGAAGACAUAGACAUCUGCGACAGACCUUGUCCCAAGUGAUACAACCUGUCUGUGGCAGCGACGGAAUCACCUAUGACAACGACUGCCUUCUGGACGUCGCCAUUUGCCGAGACUCAACACUCUUCAAGGAUCAUGAUGGGCCAUGCGGUCGACUUCCGCGGUGCGACAAACCAUGCCCCUUUGUGUUCCGGCCGGUCUGUGGCAGCGACGGAAUCACCUACAAUAACGAGUGCCUUCUGGAGAUCGCCAUGUGCAGAGAUCUAACACUGUUCAAGGAUUACGACGGGGAAUGUGAAGACCUAGACAUCUGUGACAGACCUUGUCCCCUUCUGCUGCAACCUGUCUGCGGCAGCGACGGAAUCACCUAUGACAACGACUGCCUUCUGGACGUCGCCAUUUGCCGAGACCCAACACUCUUCAAGGAUCAUGAUGGGGCAUGCGGAGACGUAGACAACUGCGACAGACCUUGUCCCCUUCUGCUACAACCUGUCUGCGGCAGCGACGGAAUCACCUACGACAACGACUGCCUUCUGGCCGUCGCCGUUUGCCGAGACCGGUCGCUCUUCAAGGAUCAUGAUGGGGCAUGCGGUCGACUUCCGCGGUGCGACAAACCAUGCCCCUUUGUGUUCCGGCCGGUCUGUGGCAGCGACGGAAGCACCUACAAUAACGAGUGCCUUCUGGAGAUCGCCAUGUGCAGAGAUGCAACACUGUUCAAGGAGUACGACGGAGAAUGUGGAAACUUAGACUUCUGUGACUGGCUUUGUCCCCUUCUGCUACAACCUGUCUGCGGCAGCGACGGAAUCACCUACGACAACGACUGCCUUCUGGACGUCGCCAUUUGCCGAGACCCAACACUCUUCAAGGAUCAUGAUGGGGCAUGCG